AGAGAAGGUCUUUCUAGCUUGGUUGCACCUCGGGACAGCUCUAUUGAUAUAUGAGCAUUGCCGACUUAUUGGCGGACAUUUGAACCAUUACAAAACUUAAGUUGGACCUAAAAAAUGCCCACAAAGACCACCGAAGACGUUGUUGCCCCAAUAAGGUUCAUAAUAUGGCAACAGCUGUACAACACAGAGAAACCGUUUCAAAUUUUUAUACAGCCCCCAAAAGAUGCCAAAGAUCAACGAACCAACAAUCUAGUUUUCGUCGAACACGAGACAACGAUCCGUGAUAUCAGGGGCAGUGAGGAAGACUUCAACCUGGACCAUCAUGGAUUCCAAUUCUGCAACAGCAAAUCCAAGUUCGAGGAUUUUGAGAACAUGAAAGCUGUUGAACAAGAGUAUUUGCCAGAGAUUAAACGUCUCAUAGAAUCGGAAGUAAAAGGUGCCGAUAGAGUUCAUUUUUUUGACUGGCGGCUCAGACGCAGCUCUCCGAUACCAGCAGGCACAGUGGUUGAUUUAUGUAAGCCUACUGACUGGCUACGACCAUCUAUCCAUGCUCACGUUGAUAAUUCGCCCUCUGCCAUCCUCAAUCGUAUCAUGACAGAAUUACCCGACGAGGCGGAACUUCUACUCCAAGGCAGACUUCAAGUCAUCAAUGUUUGGAAGCCACUUCAUAAUCCUGUAGAAGAUUGGCCACUAGCAGUCGCGGACGGAAGUACCAUCUCAUUAGAUGAUCUGAUUGAUACUGAUCACGUUCGGCGCUAUUAUGCCGGCUCCGUUUUGAAUCUGAUGCACCGCCCAGAUUAUAAAUGGUACUAUUUGAGUCAGCAGAAUAAGGACGAAGUAUUGUUUAUCAAAAACUUUGACUCGGAUGAUUCGGUUAAGGCAAGUCUCUCCACAUGUUGCGUUCGAGAACCCUAACGCAGAUCCAAGCGCACCUGAAAGGAAAAGUAUCGAGAUAAGGGCACUUGUAUUCACACAUCCUCAGGAUGACUAAUUGGCACUUCCGCAAUUCACGGCCCAAUUC